CUUUAGCUUGCUACUUGCCAUGAUUGACAAAUGUUCCCUCCCGUGCGACCUCACCCCGGAAGAUGCGCCUCCUUCGUACGAUGCUAGUACGAGUGGGAAUGCCCAGACAAACGUCGAUUCGAAGAACCAAGCUGUAAAUACAAUUUCCGGCCCAUCUUCAGGUCGGUCUCCUACCACCCAACGGGUCUUCCAUGGGGGCCUGGCUGCCCAGUCAUACAGUUUUCCGUUCGGUUGGUUCUCUGCUCGCUCCUCUAGAGAAAUCAAGUCCACUAUAAUAUCUCUCGUACAAGACCUUGUUCGGCCAACAAGUUUAUCUGGAGUAUGCAACGAAAUCCUCUCCAGUUGUGCCCAAACUUGUGCUUCUUAUUCCAUGUCCCUGUCUUCCAUCCUGCAGGAAAGGUUCUGUGAAGACCACACGCCCUUAUAUUGGGCGAUCAUAAACAAGCCACGGCAGACGGAAGAGAAGAGUGAAGAGAUCCUUUCAGCUCUUCUACGCUACUCAGUGCCACCGACACUCUCGACGAUAUCCGAGAUCCGUCUAGCGUGUCUCGUCAGUUCAGACCAGAAUCUUUUCCGGCAGCUUCGAUGCGAGCUCAAACCCAUCUCAGGAAUGGACGAAAUGCUCCUCGGCACGACGGGUAGUGACAAUGUACGCGUUGUGGAUACCAAUGCCACGGAGGGUGCAUUUGCCGCAGAGAUUGAGAUAAGCCGGUUUCAGAAACGCAUGCGUGUAGGAAAGGAAGUGGAAGUGGAAUUCAUUGCCCAAGCGCAUUUAUGGCUGCUAUCAUUUUUUGUGAUGCCCCAAUAUAAGCCCGGUAGUCCUCGACGGGGCUCAUGGUGCGUCGGGCUAUCUUUGAUGGAGAGCAGUCCGCCAACAUGGGUGGAUUCGAGGUUAAUCAUCCAAGAUCAGCCUGCCCAGGACGUAGUAGAUGAAGAAUCACCGCCGAAAAAAAUGAUAUCUUUGAGGAUAAAGUCCCCAGCGGAGCUGAUCUCAACCAAUACUUUCGCUCAUGCCAGCAGACGAAGCAGGCAGUCGCCUCACUGGAGGAUAGUACUAUAGGUCAAACCCUGCAGUUUUGUGGAACGUCUUACAUAGCCGAUGAUGAAGUUCUGCGCGCGCGAUUAGAAGUCCGUUUGUGCAAGCCAGGACUUGAGUGUGUUAUCAUGUGAAAGUCUAUCUUCCUGACACUGCAGAAGAUAUCCAUGUAAGCUCUGCUAUUCAUCUCAAAACAAUGAAUCGACAAGAGCCUAGAUUACCCGAAAUAAUCAACAAUAUUCCUAAGCCUAUGGUGAUCUCUAACUCAUCGAAUUCGCCGAUCCUUCCCUCAGUAAUCUGCAGCGUAAAUGAACUAAGUCAGAAGUGCAAUCCACCUGUCAAGAUAUUUCCACCCACCUCCGACCACAUCCCUGAGCCGCACUCAAAAAGAAAAGUCGCUUUGAUUCCCACCAAUUUGUCCAGGAUCCUCAAGACGUC